CCACCACCAGGGUCGCUGGCACCCUUCUUCACUCUCAAACCCUAGUCCAUUUUCUUUUAUUCUUUCUCACCAAAAUUUUUUUCACCUUCUUCACCUUUCAUGGCUCUCUCCGUCGCCAGACCCAGACACAGAUCCCUCACUAACCCUUUUCUCAUCCACUUAUUUUCUACUUCUUCGUCGUCGUCCUCUUCAACCCCACCCACCGACCAAUUUGCUGAUCAAGAUGCCACCAAUUCUCAUUCGCUGCACUCGCAACCACCGCCACCGCCACAGCAACAGCAACAGCAACAGCAACCCUCGUUUUCUUCCUACUUCACUGAUGUCAAAGCCAGCCUCAAGCAACAGCCGCAAAACCCACAAUCCCAAGACCAAAUAAACAGACCAAAUUUGCCUCCUCUAAGAGGACACUCGAAUGUCAAUCCUUCUUUCUCAAGACCCCAAGGUAAAAUUGUUUCUUUAGAAGAAAUAAGAAAGAAUCUCGCCGAGUUCCGUCGUAGAUCCUCUGUUCCGCCUCCAACUGAACCCAAAACUUCAGGACCUGAGCAACAGCAACCGCAGCAGCUACUCUCGUUCCAAGAACUCUACAAGAGAAACAUGAUGAGGAAGUCAGAGGAUGCUCAUGGCAGUACUGAAUUUAGCCCCAUUAAUAACCAAAAGCCUAUUUCUGGGGAUCUGUCAUUUGAAGUAAUUAGAGAGAGUUUGCGACUGAUGAAGUCAAAAGCACCCACAAAUACGGGUAAAAGGAGUGAAGACGCAAUGUCGUUUUCCGCUUUAAAGGACAGAUUGAAACUAAAACCCAUGGAUAAAAAUGAAUCGACGAACUCCACUGUGAUUGGUGGGAGCCAGGGACUGCCACUGGGAGAUUUUGAAAAGGAGGAUGCCAGUGUUAAAGAAGGAAUGAGUACAGAAUUUGUGAAAAUGUAUAGCUAUGGAGAGUUGGGGCAGAAGUUGAGGAUCCUGCGGCCAGAGGUGAAGGAGGGGGAGAAGGGAUGGUUUUCGUUGGAGGAGUUGAAUGAGAGGUUGAGGAAGUUGAGGGAAAUGGAGGAGAAGGAGGCUGAAUCAAGGAUUGGUGGUAAAAUUAUGAAGGAUGUGAAACAGAGCUUGGUGAGACUUAAGCAGUUAGACGAGGAGAAGACCAGGAAAAUUUCAAUCCAAAGGCUAAAUCUCUUGGGUCAGUGGGGUACCACUCCAAAGUAUAUGUUGCAUCCUCCAAAGGAAGACUUAGUUGAAAAGUAUUUCCAUCCAGAUAAUAUGUCUUCUGCAGAGAAAUUGAAAAUCGAGCUUGCCAAGGUUAGAGAAGAAUUUAAAAUGUCUGAGUCAGACUGUGGAUCCUCGCGUGUUCAAGUGGCACUACUGACGACUAAGAUCAAGCACCUAUCAUCAGUUCUUCACAAAAAGGAUAAGCACUCUCGAAAGGGUCUUUUAGCAAUGGUACAAAGGAGAAAGAAGUUGUUGAAGUAUCUACGAAGAACAGACUGGGAUUCUUACUGCUUAGUUCUGUCUAAACUUGGUCUCCGAGACAAUCCAGAUUUCAAGCAUUAGAAAUAGACUAGUCACUGUUGUUUUUGUUUUUGAAUCCAGGUGGUUAAUUUUUUUUUUUUUUUAAUGUAAUUCUUGCAUGAUUGGAUAAAGCUCUGCUUGUUUUCGUUUUCUAAGAGCUUAUUCAUUAAACUAUGGAAUAUUUUGAGGCUAAUACUUGAGAAAAGAAGAAAUUAUCAUACCUUCAGUGCAAUAAAAGAAAAGAGUCUCAGCUAUAUUUGUGUGUUA